AUGGCUGAUGUACGCUCUAGAAAGCCGGCGUCUGACCGGAGGAAGCAGCAGAAUCGACAAGCUCAAAAGGGCUACCGUGAAAGGCAGAAACGGCGCAUGCAAGCUCUUGAAAGAUUGGUGAAUGAACAGGAUCAUCACACAGUAGACUCAGCUUUCACCAAUAACGGCUCUACGUCAACUGCAGUUUCCCCGGAAAGUGGCGGGGCGAGCCUAGCUACAUCAACAUCUUCUAGAACCGAACCUCCAGAAUUGUCGGAGAGAAAGCGAGUCUUUGACCAACUGAUGCACGAAAUCGAUAGCGUCGAUGAAACCGUGUACAGUCGGAUCGUGUCUGGGGAACUGCCCAUUUCUCAGAUCUUUCGAGCUGGCUUGCGCCAUGUCCUUACUCAACCACCGCAAAAUUCGUUGAGCAAUGACACGUUGUCGGUAGAUGGGAUAGAUCCCACUCUUCGUACGGACAAAAUACUCGUCCCUGAAAACAAGAUGCAAGUCCAUGUACAUGCUUUGCCGGACAUCUACGCCAAUCAUCUUCGAUUAAAACAAUUUACCAUAAUUUCUGCUCUUCGGGCUAGUGCCGAGUCUGUAGGCCUUACUUUUAGCAAGCUCAGCAGCUCCGAUACCGAAUCGCCAUUUUAUCGGGGCCCCCUCCCGAGAGAUGACGCUAAAACUAUCAUCACCAAAGAAACAUUUGACAAUAUAACUCCACACCUCCGACCCACUGUAGCACAGCUUCGGCACCGUCAUCAUCCAUAUUUAGACGUGCUUCCUUUCCCUACACUUCGGGAACGAAUCAUUGAAGCUUGUUCCUUAGACUCGCCUUUACUUGACGAAGAGGAUUUGUGUGACGAUCUGCAGAAGGACGGGCUCAUCUGCUGGGGUUCGUAUCUCGGAGACGGGAACGGUGCUACUGGGUCUGGUGCACCGUGGGACUAUCGCAGCUGGGAAGCUCAGCCAUGGUUUCUCAAAAAGUGGUGGUUCUUCGUUGGUGGCUCGCAAGGCGAGCUUUUCCAGCAGACUCAAUGGUGGCAUAAGAUGAGGGGCGAUCGAUUAGUGGCCCCAUGGUGA